GAGUUUUACCCUUAUAUGGUGAUGCUCUUCCGAAGUGGGGAAGAGUUGGUACUCAACUUUUGGUCCACAUUACCAACCUUCGGCGUCACUGUGGCUCGCGUCCGGGAUAACCUCGCCUCGCUCAAUGAAGUCAUCAUCAACUCCCUCCCUGCCCCGCCGGGUUGGGAACAGAACGUUGCAGGGGUGUGGCGGUCCUUACCACGAAAGCUCCAGCUAAUUCAGUGUAUGUUCCUCUUACUGGGCUUAGCGUUGGCGCUAUCAGCUUGGUGCUUGGUCCGCAGUAAUCGCAAAGAGAAGAAGAGAAAUGAGCUCAUCAAAGAAGAUCAGAAGCGUCGGGUUGAAGAAUCCACACCAGAAAAUGUGGCCCCCACUGUGUUUACUCCCACCACAGUGGCAACUCCAAUACGGCCCCGUAGUCCAAAAGAUCUCAAAAUGCUGAAGACUGACGCUGACGGCGAGCAUGUCGUUUUCUACCAAUGUGAAGAACGAAGUCCGAAGUAUGUGGUGAAGGAGCUACUGAGCAGCGAGGAAGAGAUAGUUUUGAGAUCAAAGUUGAAGUAUCAUAAACACCGGUUAACGCGUCGGCGACGGACUAAAUUACAAGCAGAGGCUGCUCACUCCCAUGCUGAAGAGUUGAACGUUUUGGGACGAGCUCCGGUCACGCCUCCGAGAAGACGCGCGAUAUCAUCUUUUUGAACGUCUUGUUGCUACUAUUACCAUUAUGCCUUCUUUCUAACGUAACGUACCUAACGCUACCCCUCUACCUUAGCUACAUCAUGGCGUGCUCUCUGUUAUAAUGCCCUCAGCCGCGGUUCGGUUGCGCGAUUUUGGCGGGCUACAUGGGUUUGUUCAGCGCUGUGUCUGUCCUUUUUUUGGUCAUUUAUCUCAUAUGAUCGGCGAGGAAUUUGUUCUCGCGAAUUAUGGACUGUAAUAGCGCAGAGCUGUGC